ACGGUUUAGUGUGGUGCUUUUCUUUUGGUUGUUGAUGGAUAGACAUGCUCUGAAGUUGUUGGGGUUUUCUUUUGUCAUUUAUGGUUUUUAGUUUCUCUCUCUUUUUUGGCCGGUGUCUAGUCGUUUCUGGUUUCCAUACUCCCUUGUUUUUUAUUGAUUCAGUCACUUCUGCUCUCUCUUCUCUCUAGUCAUUUUUGCUCUCUCUCUCAGCUAUAUUCACAAUCUAAGAGGUUCAUAUUCCUCUCUCUAUGUUAACUAGUAAAUUUUCAUUUCUCUCUAUUUUAGAUGGUCUUCCAGUGUUUUCCUUGAGCUGAUCGGCCCGCUGCUGACGUGAACAAAGAAUUUCAAAGUGUUUUGAGAAUUCUCACCAAAAAAAUAUGCAGUGAUGCAUAGUGGCAUUCGUUUGGUGGUCCUACCUUAACAUAAACUUUUAGUGAGAGAGGUGAGCUUAAUGGGAAGUGCUUGUUCAAGGAAGAGAGACCAAUUGGUAAAUGAAGAUGACAUACGGAGAGGGAUCUCCGGAAAAUUUUCCAAAAAUCUCAGCUCAAGAUGGUUGGGAAGCUCAAUGAAUCGGACGAGUAUUGAUAUACAUCAAGAAAUAGGCAAAGUUCCUUCUCUCAUGGAACUUUGCAUUCGUAAAAUUUGUGAGGAAAUAAAGGGGUACAAAAGCUUUUCCAUCCUCCCAAGGGAUUUAAGUCAGCAGAUUUUCAAUGAGUUGGUGAAUUCUCAGGGUCUCAACGAUGUUUCACUUGAGGCAUUCCAAGAUUGUGCUCUUCAAGACGUUUUCUUGGGCGAUUACCCUGGAGUAAAAGACAGCUGGAUAAGAACUAUUGCAUCUCAGGGGCCAUCUUUGUUAUCUGUGGAUAUUUCUGGUUCAGAUGUAACAGAUUCUGGACUCUCCCUCCUAAUGGAGUGCGUGAAUCUACAAAGCCUGAAUUGUAAUUAUUGUGAUCACAUAUCAGACCUGGGACUGGCCUAUUUGUCUGGUCUUACAAACCUAACAUCUUUAAGUUUCAAAAAGAACAACUCCAUAACUGCACCUGGAAUGGAGGCGUUUGCCGCAUUGAUUAACUUGAGGAACUUAGAUCUUGAAAGAUGUUCGAGGAUUCAUGGUGGUCUUGUUCAUCUCAAAGGUUUAACAAGACUUGAAUAUCUUAAUAUUGGGUGGUGUAACUGUAUAACAAAUGCAGAUAUGAUGCCUCUCUCAGGGCUCACAAACCUGAGGGAAUUGCAAAUUUCUCGCAGUAAAGUAACUGAUGCAGGAAUCGCUUGUUUAAGAGGCAUGUCUAAACUUUAUGUGUUGAACAUCGAAGGUUGUCCUGUUACUGGUGCAUGUUUGGAGACCCUUUCAGGACUUGGAGCACUUUCUUAUUUGAAUUUAAAUGCAUGUGGCAUAUCUGAUGGUGGCUGUGAAAAGUUUGCAGGGCUUGUGAAUUUGAAAUUUCUUAACUUGGGAUUUAACAAUAUCACUGACACAUGUUUAGUACAUCUAAAAGGUUUAACUAAGCUGGAGAUGCUGAACCUAGAUUCCUGUAAAAUUGGCGAUGAAGGGCUCAACAAUUUGGAAGGGCAUGUGCAAUUGAAAAGAUUGGAGCUGUCAGACACUGAAGUGGGAAACAAUGGACUCCGCCAUCUUUCUGUCUUGCGCAAUCUGGAGAGUAUAAAUUUGUCAUUUACUCAAAUUACUGAUAGUGGUUUGAGAAGGCUCUCUGGGUUGACAUCACUCAAGUCACUUAACCUGGACACUAGACAAAUCACAGAUGCCGGGCUUGCAGCACUUACAGGUCUUACGGGUUUGACUCAUUUAGAUCUGUUUGGGGCUCGCAUUUCAGAUAUCGGGACGAGCUGCUUACGAUAUUUCAAGAACCUGGAGUCACUUGAGCUGUGUGGUGGUUUGAUCACUGAUGAUGCCUUGAAGAACAUCAAAGAUCUUACUUCCUUGAGGCUUCUGAAUCUCUCUCAAAACUGCAACCUCACAGAUAAAGCUUUGGAAUCAAUCUCUGGAUUAACCGCUCUUGUUUCACUCAAUGUCUCCAAUUCACGUGUGACAAAUGCUGGUCUUCACCAUUUGAAGCCUCUUAAGAACCUCAAAUCACUGUCUCUUGAGGCCUGCAAAGUGACAGCAAGUGAACUCAAGAAGCUGCAAAUGACUGCCCUCCCCAACUUGGUUAAUUACCGCCCUGAAUAGAGUGAUCCUGACUGGAUGCCAGGUGUAGCAGUUAAUAAUUUAUAAUAUAUUAUGGAAUGAAAAAGGGUUCUGUAGAUAUAAAAAAUGGAGCCACCCAUGGCAACAUGUGGAAGGUUUGGAACCCACCACGAUGGUGAAAUUGUACAUAUAGUCCAGGAAUGUUCUAUGUUUGGAACUGUAAAUAUGUGGUGAGGAAACAAGUCACUGUGGUAUCCAUGGCUGGUUUAUGGCUUCUCUGCAAAAUAUGUAAUUAUUCUGAAAGAGCUGUGUAUAUAUACUGAAGACUUUCUGUAUGGAAACAAGUAAACUAUGUGUUAUCCAUGACUGGUUUAUGGCUUCUCUGCAAAAUAUGUAAUUAUUCUGAAAGAGCUGUGUAUAGAUACUGAAGACUUCCUGUAUGGAUCCCUGUAAAAUAUGUAUUUACUUGGGGAGUUUUUGUUAUGUAUGUCACUAUAAUGAUAGAUCAUCACUGAAGUCGAAUUUGAAA